AUGUCAAUCUCCAAGGGCCUUGCCGAGUCCGCAGUGGUGGCCAAGGUCAUCUACAAAGAGCCCGUCGAGUCACUAAAGCAGUGCGUUGUUGCAGACGUCGAGGAGGAUGAGCCUGAGGAGGCUGCAAAUGCGGAGCAGAGCGUUCUUUGGGACAUGACGAGGCCCCUCGAGGGGAGUUGCAGGAUGGAGCUCCUCAAGUUUGAUCAUCCGCAGGGCCAGGAUGUCUUCUGGCACUCCAGUGCACACAUCCUGGGCCAAGCAAUGGAACGAGAGUUCGGCUGCCACUUGACGAUCGGCCCGGCCUUGGAGUCUGGCUUUUACUACGAUGGCUUCUUCGGUGACAGGAAGUUGAACGACAAUGACUUCUCGGCCAUUGAGGGCCAUGCGCAGCAAAUUAGCAAGGAGUCGCAGCCGUUCCAACGCUGUGUCGUCUCAAAGACGGAGGCUCUGGAGCUGUUCAAGGAGAAUCCGUUUAAGGUGCAGCUGAUCACGAACAAGGUCCCAGAUGGUGCUCUCACGAGCUGCUAUCGCUGUGGAGAUUUGAUCGACCUGUGUCGUGGGCCCCAUUUGCCAAACACGAACCGGGCCAAGGCCUUUUUGGUGACGAAGAACUCCGCAGCGUAUUGGCUGGGCGAUCAGAAUUUGGACUCUCUUCAGCGCCUCUACGGCAUUGCUUUCCCCAACGACAAGCUGCUGAAGGAGUACAAGAAGUUCCAGGAAGAAGCGGCUAAGCGAGACCACAGGAACAUCGGCAAAGCACAAGAACUCUUCAUGUUCCACCCCGUGAUGUCGCCCGGCAGCUGCUUCUGGUUCCCCCUUGGAGCGAGGAUCUACAACAAGCUUAUGGACUUUAUGCGUUCGGAGUACCGCCUGCGGGGUUUCUCCGAAGUCGUUACGCCCAAUAUGUAUGACUCCCGAUGCUUCUUGACGUCUGGCCACUACCAGAACUACAAGGAUGACAUGUACAGCUUGGACGUGGAGAAACAAGAGUGGAUGCUGAAGCCCAUGAACUGCCCUGGUCACUUCCUCAUGUUCGAUGCCAGAGUCAGGAGCUACAAGGAGUUGCCCAUGCGCUUUGCUGACUUCGGCGUGCUGCACCGAAAUGAGGCUUCCGGAGCCCUCACGGGCCUGACGCGUGUUCGACGAUUUCAGCAAGAUGAUGCACACAUCUUCUGCCGCCCGGAACAGAUCAAGUCCGAGGUGUCAGCCGCGCUGGACUUCUUGGACUUUGUUUACAAGAUCUUCGGGUUUCAGGCCAGCUACGCCCUCUCCACGAGGCCAAAGAAGGCGCUGGGAUCCAAGGAGAUCUGGGACAACGCUGAGGUCCAGCUCAAGGCGGCACUGGAUGAGUCGGGACGAGAGUGGUCGCUGAACCCUGGAGAUGGUGCCUUCUACGGUCCCAAGAUUGACAUCAGGCUGCAGGAUGCAAUGAAGAGAAAGCAUCAGUGCGGAACGAUUCAGUUGGACUUCAAUGGCCCCAUCAGGUUCAACCUCCAGUAUCGAAAGGAGGGCGUCGAGGAAGGAGUGGAUGAUGAGGAGAAGGGCGAGUUCAAGGGCGCAGAGGAGAAGAAUGCAAAGGGCGAGGUCAUUUGGCGGGAGGGCCGCUUGAAGAACGGAUUCGAGCGCCCGGUCGUUAUUCACCGAGCCAUCCUCGGCUCAGUUGAGCGAAUGUCUGCAAUUCUCAUGGAACACUACGCCGGCAAGUGGCCAUUCUGGCUGUCACCACGGCAGGUACAAGUGGUGCCUGUUGGGACGCAGUUCAAUGAGUACGCCCUUUGGGUGGAGAGGCAACUGCAGAUCCACGGCUUCUAUGCUGAGGCAGAGACGAGCGGCAAGACGCUCAACAAAAAGGCCAUGGCCUGCCUUGAGCAGGGCGGCCCCCACGCUGUCCUUUCCACUUGA